AUGGGGAGAGAAACUGCUUGUGCCAAAGCGGUGACCAGUUCCAGUCACGAAUUGGUCUAUCUUGCUCCAAUGUCUGAGCGUUCAGUUAGCACAGUAACGAAUCCGAAAACUCUACAAACUGUCGAAUCGGCCAUCCAAAGCGGUCGUUUCUAUACACGUCCGACCUGGCCGGUUCAGUUGGUCCAAUACCAGUCAAGUGGCAAAUCGCCAACGAUUUGUUACUAUAAUGUGGUCACUCUGGACGGGUCAUACACGGACUUUAGCUUCGGUUCCCCGGACACGGCGAAUAUCAGCGCACCACCUGAUGGUGGUAGUACAUGCACUGACCAGAACGAUUUUCUCAUGGUCAUACGGAAUUCGAUUGUUUUGCACAAUCAGCUUCCAAUAUCCGUUAAUUAUGUGGUUGCGGAGGUGUCCAAGGAAAUCGACCCCGGUAGCCAUGCGACGUUGCGAACUGUUCUUCCUACCAAGUCCGUCAUUAUUGUUUGGUUCGAUUACGACGGUCGAGUUUAUCGGGGCAAACUGGAGCUAUCAAGCACAAUGGAUGAAUUAACUGUGUGCACUUUUGAAUCCCGUGAGGGUUACGAAUUGCUAACCCUGCAUCUGGGAUUGCGUAGCGUGACCGCAAUGGGACAAACAGCGCUCAUGUUGUACGCACCCUACUGGAUGAUAAACAAAACCGGACGAAAUCUCACAUACAAGGUGUGUUUGAAGAAACGAAAGCAUUGGUUGUUCAUCCUGUUCUUGUUACAUUUCUAUUAUGCCUUGUUUUUGUACUUUUGA